CAUGGAUAAACUGGCUGAAAUGAUUUGGUUCAUCAUGGAGCAUUACAACAUCGACCGGUUUAUUGGAUUCGGUUCUGGAGCGGGAGGGAAUAUUUUAUGCAGAUUUGCGCUAUCUCAUCCCGAUAAAGUGGAAGGUCUGAUUUUGAUCAACUGUACAGCAUCUAAAGCCGGUUGGACUGAGUGGGCGUAUCAAAAGAUGAAUAUUUACCACUUGUGUCGAGGCCGAUUGACAGAUGGAGUAGAGGAAUACCUUCUGUGGCACUGGUUUGGAACUAAGACGGUAGACACGAAUUACGAUUUGGUUAACGCUUAUUCUACAUAUAUUAAACACAUCAAUCCGUAUAAUUUGGGACAUCUUAUUGAUUCAUAUGUGAAACGCACUGAUUUGGACAUCGUCAGAGAGGUUUUACCAUCAAAGAAAAAAGCAGCUAGGAUGAUACGAUGCCCUGUUAUGCUAGUCACGAGCGAUCAUUCGCCCCACCUAAAUGACACUGUGGCUAUGAACGCACGUUUAGAUCCAACAAAUUCCACUUGGAUAAAGUACGAUUGCGGUGGUCUUGUCUUAGAGGAGCAGCCCGGAAAAUUGACUGAGUCGCUACGUCUAUUUCUUCAAGGAAUGGGAUACGUGCCGUCUCUCCGCAAAACUCAAUUAGCUCCACGAAACUUUGAAUUUCAUUACCUGCCAAGAGGAGCAGCCUCAUCGUCUAGUUCCAGUAAAAAGGUGGAUUCAAACCCCGCUUCAGUCUAUGUAAUUGGCAAUGCAACCAGGGUGUGA